AUGGCCGUGGAGGUCUGUGUAAAAGCCGCUGAUGGUGCCCCUGAUGUUCUUGGAGACUGCCCAUUCAGCCAAAGGGUACUUAUGACUUUGGAAGAAAAGAAAGUUCCCUACAAAAUGCAUCUGAUCAAUAUCAACAACAAACCCCAGUGGUUUUUGGAGGUGAACCCAGAAGGCAAAGUACCAGCAAUCAAAAUCGAUGAUAAAUGGAUAGCUGACUCUGAGGUAAUCGUGGACCUUAUCGAAAAGAAAUACCCAAAUCCUCCUCUCUCUCCUCCACCCGAAGUCGCCUCUGUGGGGUCCAAAAUAUUCCCGGCUUUUGUCAAGUUCUUGAAAAGCAAGGACCCAAAUGAUGGUACAGAGCAGGCUCUGCUUGAUGAAUUGAAGGCCUUGGAUGAGCAUCUCAAGGCACAUGGACCUUAUGUUAAUGGGGAAAAUAUUACUGCUGUUGAUUUGAGCUUGGCACCUAAGCUCUACCAUAUGGAGGCGGCUCUUGGACAUUUCAAGGGCUGGGCUGUCCCUGAAAACUUGACUCAUUUGCGUAAUUACAUGAAGCUGCUAUUCUCCAGGGAGUCAGUUCAGAAAACGAAGCCUGCAAAGGAAUAUGUUAUUGCAGGAUGGAAGCCAAAGGUUGAAGCUUGAAGUCAUUCUGAGUUCCAGUUUACAUAUGCUUCUAAUACCCUCAACUGUUUGUGAAAAUUAGUGAGACAUUUGCGAUAUGUUUUGAAGCAUGUAAGAGAAAACGAUACCUGAACUAGAACAAGUACUAGAAUAAACAAGAGAUGUCGUGUUGGG